GUCUGCUGGCAUCGCCUCUCUCCUCUCGCUCGUCUGCACCGUGCGUAACAACGCAGCGCUGUUCCACCACCACCGCCGCCGCCGCCGCCAACACCGCCACAACCGCCGCCGCCAACACCACCAACGCCGCCGAACGCCUUUUUACGCGCAAUCCCUCCAUAUUUGAUCCGCCGAAAAACAGCCCGAGGGAAUGACUGACACACGUCGAUCAGCGUAUGUGGCACUGAUGGACAAAAGCGGAUGGUGAAAGGACGCGACUCGCCCCCCGCUGGAGGAGGAAGAAGAAGAAGAAGAAGAAGAGGAGGAGGAGGAAGAAGAAGAAGGAGACCGCAUUCAGAUUUCACCUGGGCACAGUAUUGAACUGCGACUUCAGAAAAAAAAUGCCUCGGAGGAAACAGCAGGCGCCCAAACGGGCUGCGGUGUACAUGCCUGAUGACGACGCUGCUCUCCAGGAUCCCAUCCCUGAGGAAGAUGGAGAGAACGACAGUCAAAUUGAGGAGGAGUGUUCAGAGAAGGCCAGCCCCAAAGUGUCUGAGGACAGAGAGCUCGACAACAAGAGCACUAACACUUACAGCAACCAGAACUCUCCUAUUAGUGUCCUUUCCAAUCAAGAGGCAGAGCUAGAGUCACGCCUCAGCGACAGCAGUGACAGACUCUCUGACUUUAAAACCUCCUCGCCACCUGAGAGCCAGAAGGAUGACGAAAGUCGCAGCUCCAAACUCAAAGACGAGAUGGGCAGCAGCUUGGAGAAAAUGAGGGCAGCCUAUGCAAACUUUCUGUCCGACUCCUACUGGACGGGGAUGGGAAUGAACUUGAAAAUGGCCAAAAACACCAGCAAAGCCAACUGUGACAGCACCAACGGAAGCACCAAAAGUGAGUUUGACUGGCACCAGGACGCGCUGUCUAAGACCUUGCAGCAGACACUCUCGCCAAAGCCGGUGUCAAAACCCAAUCUCUUCAGCUCUGUCCACCUAUACAGGCAAACAACCAAACCCUGCGCCUCGGUGUUCACCGGAGCCAGCCGAUUUCGCUGUAAGGACUGUAGUGCAGCUUAUGACACUCUUGUGGAGCUGACGGUCCACAUGAAUAAGAGUGGACACUACCAGGACAACAACCACAGUAAAGAGAGUAAUUCCUCUGCCUCAUCUUCUAAAUCUAGGAAACGAAAUUUGCAUGAUUUGGAAGGGAAGGAGGACGCACAGAAGGUUUUGAAGUGCAUGUUCUGUGGCCACUCUUUUGACUCACUGCAGGAUUUGAGCGUCCAUAUGAUUAAGACGAAGCAUUACCAAAAAGUGCCUUUAAAAGAGCCAAUCCCAGUUAUCACACCCAAAUUGUUGCCACCAGCAAAGAAACGAGCCUUUGAGACAACAAGACCUUGUUCCCCCGAUUCUACGACUGGUUUAUCUGGCUACACCGAGGCACAGCGAGCUGCCGCCAUUUCAAACGCUAACAGUAAUCGCUAUGGCUAUCAAAACGGAGCGAGUUACACUUGGCAGUUUGAGACGUGCAAGUCUCAGAUUCUUAAAUGCAUGGAGUGUGGAAGCUCUCAUGACACCCUUCAGCAACUCACCACACACAUGAUGGUUACUGGGCACUUCAUCAAAGUUACAAACACAGCCUCUAAAAAGGGUAAACAGUUAGCGCUCGACCCCCUGGCCAUAGAGAAGAUCCAGGGUUUAGCUGAGCCUGCUGUCAGUGACAAUGAGGGAGAAAAGGGGUCUUCAAAAACGGAUUCCCCUGGGAGGAGUGAGGGGGGGGGCCAGGGGGAGGGAACAUCAGAGAAAAUGGAAGAAACGGAAGCUAAAGACGACAAGCAAGAGAGUGAACCUCAAAAAGCAGACAAUGGGGCUUUUAAGUACCCUUAUCUCCGCGAGGAGGAUCUUGAACAGGACUCAAGUGGCGGAGGCGACAUUCUUAAAUCUUUAGCCAACACCGUGGCCUCUGCCAUCAAUAAAGCUCAAACAGGGACACCUAGCUGGAGUGCCUACCCGAGCAUUCACGCUGCCUAUCAGCUCUCUGGCAUCAUCAAAAGUGCCCCUCUCUCUGCAUCUCCCCCAACUCCACUAAAGCAGACAUUUAACCACAAACUGAGACCGAUUGCCCCAAAGGGGAACUUGUACCAUGGUGCUGUGGGAGUUGACGCUCCCCAGGGACAGCAUCAAACUGUGGACAUCAAAAAAGAAAAGGUUGGCAUUAGCGAUGGUAAAGAAAGUCAGAAUAUUAAGUUUGAUCUGGCGGAGAACGAUGACAGCGAUUGUCAGGAUGAUUCUUCUUCCUCUUCAAAGCUUGACGCAGACUGUAUGAAUGAAGGGAGUGAAGUGAUCAAAGAGAAGUUGAGCCCAGAUUUCUCUGACAGAGGCAAGACACCAAGCCCCGCUGCCAGCAAUGGACGCAGCACUGCUUCAGAGCCUUUCAGUGACACCCCAGAUAUACUUGGCAUAAACCCUCUUAGUGCGCUGCAGUCAGUUCUGAACAAUCAUCUGGGCAAAGCAAAUAAGCCCAAUAACUCAAGAGUAGAUAAAAUAUCUUCUCACACCCAGUCCAUUUUUGCUGACAUUAAUCGUAGCGUUGAGAAACCAGCUUUAAUGCUUGGAAAUCCUACGAGAAAAAGGCCUGAUAACGCAUUUCUCUUUGUUAAUGAUGACCAACCAAUAGACCUGACCAAAUCUAAACAGAGCAAGGCAAGUUCAGUGCUACUGCAGCCGUCCACCCCGAUUCCACAGAAAUAUGCUUUGUCUGAUAUAGCUGACAUGGUCAAAGUUCUUCCAAAAGCCACAACGCCAAAACCCUCCAUACCGUCAAGGAUCCCGACGAUGAAACUGGAAUCAGAUGUCCGGCGCUUUGAGGACGUGUCUGCCGAGGUGUACUCCGUCCACAAGCGUAAAGGCAGACAGUCCAACUGGAAUCCUCGCCAUCUUCUCAUCCUGCAAGCUCAGUUUGCCUCCAGCCUCUUCCAGACCUCUGAAGGGAAAUACCUGCUCUCAGACCUCGGCCCUCAGGAACGGAUGCACAUCUCCAAGUUCACCGGAUUGUCCAUGACCACCAUAAGCCAUUGGUUAGCAAAUGUGAAAUACCAACUGCGCAAAACCGGAGGGACCAAAUUUCUGAAGAACAUGGACACGGGCCACCCGGUCUUCUACUGCAAUGACUGUGCUUCCCAGUUUAGGUCACCGACAUCAUUCAUUUCCCAUUUGGAAUCCCAUCUUGGCUUCCAAAUCAAAGACAUGUGCAAAAUGCCAGUAGAGCACCAGACAAAGGUCGACGAGCCUGAACUGUCGAAGGUCCUCAGUGUCAGAGCCACGGAGGCUCUCAUCACAGAGGAGGACAUUGACUCAAAGUUCAAAUGUAAGCUCUGCUGUCGGACAUUUGCGAGUAAUCACGCGGUCAAACUCCAUUUGAGUAAAACUCACAGCAAAUCUCCCGACAACCAUUCACAAUAUGUGGAAAUGGACAAGGAGUAGUUUGUUUGUUUGUUUUUUUAAAUAUAUAUAUAUAUAUUAUUGUCACUUCUUUUUCCCUUUCUUCCUUUUUUUUGUUUAUUUUAAUACACGGGUCAGAUAUUUCAAUCAUUCUUCAAUUAGCAUUGUGUAGUGUGCAUCAUUAUUAAAACAUUUCAUUGCGUACAGCGACGACACACUGGUUAGAAAUUGUAUAAGGAAACACUAAGAGGUACUUUUGCACCCUGCUCAAAUGCAUCACCAGUAAUGAAAUGUAUUACUGCUUGAAGAAACUUAAUUGCUGAUGUUUGCAUGCAAUAGCCCCGGCUAUGACUACUAUUUAUUUGUAUGAUAUGUCAAGUUACAAUUGUAUUUCAAGAAGACAAAAUGAUGAACUAAUUGUACUUUACGACUUCUGUGAUACAGUACAUCUGCAGAAAUGUGCAGCUGUUAGAACCGGUACCCCCGACAACACAGUAACACACACACACACACACACACACACACACACGCAGACCUGUACAGUGUAUUGCUAUGUAAAGAUGUUUUUGUGUUGCAAUGAAAAAAGAGGGGAAAAAAAGCACUUUAAUAAAUGUUUAAUCACCAGUUUAGACUUGGAUUCUGUACAUGACUCAAAAAUAACAGGGCCGUUUGGAAACAAGGAUAUUUCACGUGUAAAUACAUUUUAGAAGAAAAAAAAAAAACAACAACAGUGCGUUUCAUGCAAAAGGAUAACAGCAAGACAGAUGAUACCUGUGAUACCUGCACCUUUUUUUACCUAUUCAAAUAAAGAGUUAACAUUUGA